AUGACCACUGGAUCCAGGGAAAAUAGAGGGAUGCUCCAUGGAGAGAUCAUCCAAAUUUCAGGUGGACUGAUCAGAGUCAUAGACAACCGCCUCAACCAUCUAUUCAGCGGACACAACCCUCCGAAGGGCAACCUAAUUGGACUGCUCAAAUUCAAGAAAGACCAAACACCGGAGGAAACAGAGGGCAAGGUGGUCAAGGCAAUUGGUCAGGCGGAUCCCAGGGUAACUGGUCCAGCGGAGGUGGUGAGCUACAUUCCGCCGCAUCAAAGAGGGAACCAACAGCACCAAGGGAACCAACCAUACCAUCAGCCCCAGUGUCAAUCUGUUCAUUAUGGGCCGUCAGACUACCCUCAGACCAGCCACGGUGGAGGAUCUUCAAAUCAGAGAUACAACAGGCACCCGAAUGAAGGUCCAGGAGAGGCUAUAGUUUCGCACCAUCAGAAUGAUGCGAUGCGUGAAAUCCAGGAGGCGCAAAAAGAACAGAGGGCAGCUCUGGAUAUGCUUACAAAGCAACUCUCUCAAGUUGUCAUGUCACUGGGGGAGCUGAGAGGGAAUGAAGGAAAGAUCUCAGCCACGGUGCAGCCCACUAGGCGGGAGAACAUCAGCGAGGUCUCCCUGAGGUCAGGGAAGGUGUAUCAAAGCCCCACUUCACCUGCAAGUUCCCCAGUAUCUACAUCUGGACAGGGCCGCGAAGAAGAAGCAGAGUCCAGCUUCCAUGAUCAAGCCGCUGGAGGAAGAGAUAAGGGAAAAGGAAAGGUAUGCGGCGAGACCUCAGGAGGAAGUCAAGGCGAUGCAACUGAGAAGACCAAGCCCUACCCCUACCGUGGGAUGAUUACAAGGAAGAGGGAUGCAACGAUUGAUGUGGCCAGCUUAUUCCAGGACGUGGAAGUCAAAGUGCCACUCCUGACGGCGUUGAAGAUGCCCCCUAUCAGCAAAUUUGUUGAAGACUACCUGGCGGGAAAGGUCAAUGAAGAAGGAAGAAUGAUUACAGAGGAGAAUGUCUCUGCAGUGAUCCAGCGGAGUGACCUCCCUUCAAAGAAGACCGACCCAGGGAUGUUCACACUCCCAAUCUCGAUUGGAGGCAUUCAAGUGGAGCAUGCAAUGUGCGAUCUCGGGGCGUCUAUCAAUGUAUUGCCCUAUUCCAUAUACAAGAAGCUGGGAGAGGCUAAGCUCAUCGACACCGACAUCAUGAUAUAG